AUGUCCAAUUUCAAGCCAAUUGCGCCAAAAUACGACAGCAAAUUAUUCGCAACGAUUGGAGAGGAGUUAUAUUUAAGUCGUGAUUUGGCCGACGUGUACUUCGUAUUUGAGUCGAACAAUGAACCACGCGAACGAGUGCCGGCACAUAAGCUUCUUCUAAAAAAGGGCUGCGCUGCAUUCCGGGAAAUGUUGAACGGGCCGUGGAAAGAGAAAAACGAAGUUAAAAUUGUCGAUACACCAGUUGCCGCCUUCAAGGAAUUUCUGCAGUUUUUCUACAAGGGCGACGUGGUUUUGACAGCACAAAAUGUGGCUGCAGUCAUGAAUCUUGGCAAACAAUACGUUGUCGACGAAUGUGUGGCCAUGUGUGUUAAAUUCCUGAAGAAUACACUCGAUGAAUCGAACGCAAGUGCUGUGUUCAAAUCCAAUGAGUUUUUGUCAUGCGAUCGAAAUAUUUUGGCUGCCAUUUUACGAUUGGACUGGCUAUCAUGUUCCGAGGUGGAACUGUUCGAAGCAUGCAUGGCUUGGGUGAAAGCGAUAUCCAAACGAGAGAUUUUAAGCAAGAAGGCGGUGACCGAUCAUUUUGGCAAUUUGUUGUAUGAAAUUCGAUUUGGUUCGAUGACAUUCGAUGAAUUUGUCGCAUUAGUUUCAUCGUAUGGCACAGCAUUUUCGGUUAAGGAGUACCAAGAUGUCAUCCAAAUGAUUGGCGAUGAAGAAUUCCAGGCGACAAUUUUCAAUGGAAAACGGGAAAAACGACAUCAUGCGUACCCACGGUAUAAAAUGCUUUCGUGCAGUCGGUUAGUCGGUGACAGUCGAUUACUAUCGUCGAGCUUUACACUUGAACCAUAUUUUCUUCGUGAACAAGAAACAACGAAAUUCUCAGCAAAUCAACCUCUUUUCCUCAGAUCAAUUAUUCUUGACAGUGUUUACCGAUUCCAUGACGGAAAAUAUAUUAAGAUGACGGAAGUUGUACCAACCGAAGUGAAAAUUAUUGAAGUUUCGCACUCGAAUGAAGAAGUCGAACUUUAUUAUGGAGAAAUAAAUGUACAAAGUUCCGACAUUUAUUUGUCGAUGCCGAUUUUAAUUCGACCUGGAUUUCAUUACGAAAUAAGAUUGAAAAUGGAUCCACCUGCACUUGCUUGUAAUGGUCUUUUAUUGAAAUCCGAAAUGCACAUCGAAGGUAGAGCCACCAUACAAUUUCAUGACGACCCGAUCAAAAAUAAUAAUCUAAGAG